AUGGCCGACAAGAACGGCAGCGCGUACGGCGCGCCCGCAGGCGACACCGACUUCCGCAAGACGUGGGACCUAGACGAGUACGCCGCCAAGGCCAAAGACCGCGAGGCCAAGGAGAAGGAGGAGUCCAAGGCGCGCUACGAGGCGAAGCUCGCGGGCAAGAAGUACCACAAGCCGCUGACGGGCAACGAGACGAUGACCUCUGCGCGGCGGACCGUGCUGGACCUCAGCGCGCAGGUGGGCAAGACGCAGCUCGUCCCGGCGGGCGCGGGCGUGGGCAAGCGCGGGCGCGGCGCGGGCUUCUACUGCGAGGCGUGCGACCUGACGUUCAAGGACAACAAGCAGUUCGUGGAGCACCUCAACACGCCGCAGCACCUGGCGAACACGGGGCAGACGACGGAGGUGCGGCGCGCGACGGCGGAGGAGGUAAGGGAGCGGAUUGAGAUGCUGUGGCAGCGCAAGGUGGACUUUGAGAAGGAGAAGGCGACGAGUUUGGAGGAGAGGCUGGCGCUGCGGGAGGAGGAGAGCUUGAAGGAGGCGGAGGAGAGGAGGAGGAAGCGGAAGGAGGCGGAUGAGAGGAGGAGGGUGAAGGCGGAGGAGGCGGAGAAGGUGAAGACGGAGUAUGGGGAGGACGUGAGGAUUGAGGGGGAGCACGACGAGGAUGAUAUGAUGGCUGCGAUGGGGAUUAGCGGGUUUGGGACGUCGAAGAAGAAGUGA